AUGGACGAUCCAUCUCACACCACCUCGGCGCUUCCAGCUUACCGCUCUUUACUUAGUGUACAGAGUGCCUACUAUAGGUGCUUCCCCCACACCGCUCAUGCUUCUGUUAACGUGCAGCAACAGCAGCAGCAACAGCUACCUACCUACAUAGGUGCACCUGUUCUGCCCAGGUCUGCCCCAGGCACCCGAAAAGGACCAGUUAGCGAAGCGUCUGGUGUCCCGUCCAGGGCCGCUUGGCCGCUUGCUCGCCCCGACGACCUGCGCGAACUAACUCGUAGGGGUUUACCUACCACGACAAUUGUUCCCAAGAUGCACAGCCUGCGAGACGGAGGGGCAGAGAGCCCGCCCCAGACAUCAACUGCCGCCGCUGGCGACGACGGUGUCGAAGCGGGCACCGAGCAUCCGAUCUCCAAUUAUGGCUGCUCUCGUCAACGCCCACGACGAAGCCUUGCCCACGCCCAAGCAGAUCCGAUUCAUCAACAAUCAGGGUCAGCCGCCCACCAAACGCCGGAGAAUCAAUGCUGCAUGCCUGACUUGUCGAAGGACUCGGCCACCAGAGGACCAGGCUCUGGCCUUGACGGUGCCCAGGCCGACCACAACGGUGAAACUGACGAUUAUUUUGAUGCUGAUGUCGACCACGAGUCCGACUCGAGACAAUUCAAGGAUGGCCGGAAUGGGGUCAGAGCAUCCGAAAAUGUGGAUGGAGCCUCGGUCGUUUCCAGUCGUACGUCCGACACACCACAGGACUACGCCACACCUGCUCUGCCGAUGAAGUCGGAGUCGAUAGAUUGGGAGGACGUCCAUUCCCAAAAGUCGCAGACGACCCCACGGCAUGAAACCUUGGCUACGCGAACGCCGAACCCGCGUCAGUCGUCCUUCUCAACUGACGAUGGUCGUAGCCCCAACAGCCGCUCACCGAUAUUGCAUCAUAACGACAGUGGCCAUCGAGUUCCGUACUUUCGCUAUUUUGGCCCGACCGCCAUUCUCCCUGGGUUCAAGCAGAUGGUCGUAAAGAUCCGUGGCAGACGGCGCAGUUCCAUGUCUGCUACAUCCCCCAGCACCACCACCUCUAUCCACGCUGGUCUCCUGUCGACCACACAGCCAGACCUAGAUCUUGGGCACAUUGAAGAUAUCCCUUUUUAUGAUAUCAACGACCCAAAUCCCGUGCAUCCACUAAUCCUCAACCUUGUUGAAACAUUCUUUCUUCGCCUAGGAAGUAACUAUCCCUUCCUCACCCGCCAUAAGUUUCCUCUUCUCGUGAAAGAGAAACGCGUCGAACCUAUCUUAGUAGAUGCAGUAUGUGCUUUAGCUGCACGAUUUUCCGAUAUUAGCCUGUUCAAGAGAUGGAAUGACGGAAAGCUGGUCAAGUCUGAGUAUGGCCAAGCUUAUGCUCAGCGUGCGAAAGCUGCGACUGUAGAUUCAUUUGCCUGUCCAUCAGUUGCCGCCGUCCAAGCGUGUUUGUUGAUGGCAUAUGACGGAUUCGGUGCGGAUCAAGACAGUGCACUGUGGAUGUAUCUAGGUAUUGCUAUUCGCAUGGCUGUUGAUCUGGGCCUUCCGAGAGAAGACGGCGUCAAGUACCAUGGCCCCGAAGAUCCCUGGUAUGCACGUUUGCAUGAGCGGCCAACUGAAUCAUUCGUUGAAGGAGGCCGCCAGGACGGCGAGGAGCGUACAUUGACUCAGGUGGAGCAGAAGGAAAUCGAGCAAGAGCGCAUAGACACGUUUUGGGCUGUCUUUUUCCUCGACCGGGCUAUCUCGUCUGGAACUGGGCGGCCAGUGACUCUUAGAGACGACGACUUUGAUUUGAGCCUUCCAAAGGCAUCCCUUUCCCCGAGUUCGGGGUGGCCUAAUCCAUACGCUGCACUGCUUCAUAUUAUUCAUCUGUAUGGUCGGCCAAAAGACUUGACGAAAGACAAACUCCAUCGACUUGUAAGAAUGGACCCACGUCUUCGAUUCGAUGCCAACAACUUCCAGGCGCAUGUGAAGAACGGAAAUGGUACAACGUUCAUACUGCUUCAUUUUUGGUUUCACGCCCUCAUCAUCGUACUCCAUCAGCCAACUCUGCUCACAUCGCAAGGAGCCAUUGAUCGCAAGCAUCAAUUGAAGGCCCAUAGCCGAGAGCUAUCAAUGUCAAGCGCCAAAACUAUUGCUGACAUUCUGGCUUUUGCUGAAUUGCUGGAUCCGAGAUGCUUUAUUGGUAACCCUUUCACCUCACAGCCGAUUUAUAUUGCGGCGUGCGCAUUUCUUCUCGAGUCCAAAGCCAACUCGUCCAAUCCUGAUUCAAGGAACACUUCUCCACAACCAGUGCACAAGAACUUAGUGCCCAAAACAGUAGAUCAGACCAAUGGACCAUCGAAGCACUUAUUAUUAGCGUCGGCGGCCCUUCAGAACUACCAAUUAUGCUACAAAGCCCUCAAGCAGAUGCACGCUUAUUGGGGCGGUGUUCGCUACAUUCUCAAUGUCCUCGACCAGAAGUCCCACGGGGAAUGGGACUGCGAGACAUUCACCACGGAAGAAUAUGAGAGUACUAAGAGGAUUAGAAAGGACAACCUCUCCCAGAAGUUCGCCAAGAAGAAUGAGUUCCCAAGCUCUCCUUUGCCUGAAAAUGGCCCACCCCUCGCAUGGUCUCUUACGGGCACGACCAAUUCGCCUAACUCAAGCCUUACCCUCCUCUUCCAGAGCCCUAUAAAUGCAACUGUGGCGCCAAAUCACCAAACGCAACAACAUCAAAUGUUACAGUCUCAGCAGCAAAACUCCGCCCCAGCGACAGCUCCCACGCCACCUGGCAACAUGAUUUAUGACCCCAUUCGCCAAAGUCUUCCUGAGCCCUCCUUGUACCCACCUGCUUAUCCACAACCGAACACGUCCGCCCUACGAGACUCUGUGCGAGUUACGUCGUCGACACCUCGGAAUCAUUCGCAACUACGAUACGAAAGUCUUAAUCAAGAUGGCGCAACUAAGAUUCCUCAGGAUACUAAGCUAGCAAUUAAUUCGGUGGGACCUCAAGGACCUGCUGGCACCACUACUGGACCAUACACAUCAAAUGGACCGCCAACGUCAAGUUAUGAGUCACAAGGCUACCUCCCGGGAGCAUCACCACAAAAUACACAAAGUCCAACCCAACCUUUUGGAGGUAGUAAUAACCAGGCCAUCUUGGUGAAUGCCGCCUUUACUGGAGACAGCGGACCGUCGACUUUUGCGUCGAGUGGCAGCGGGCUUGCUGCUAGCGGCUAUUAUGGCGCCCCAGGGUCUGAUCUACACCUCCUCACAUAUGACAAUGAAACGGACAUUGGACAGCAUCUGACUAGCUUUGAACAUACUGAGAUGAUGAGCUGGUUUGGAGAUUACUUCCCUAGCGACGUUUUCGGCUUGUAUACUGGCGAGUCGAGUAUGGGAUAA